AUGGAGCGUUCCUCGGAGAGGGAGCCACUGCCCGCAUCAGCAGCGUUCGUGACUCCGAGUGCCGCUGGAACCACUUCAAACGCCGCCAACAUGCUUCUGGGAAAGGGGAGCUCCAACAGACAGGGGGCCGGGGUCCCGAGAAGAAGUGAGCGAGCGAAUGUUGGAGAAGUCGAACGAGUUUUGCGGUCUUUGUGCUAGAUUGGGGGGGCUGUUUAGAGCCGGUUGAAUAGGGCCGGUGCCCGGGCUAUGUUGUUGUUGUUGUUGUCUUCACAUUAAAAACCAUCCCGGUCUCUCUAUCCAGUACCUCCUUCUGUCUCAAUCUCUCCGUACUAAUCCAGCACUUGACUCGGUCAAUUCCCGUGGUCACAGGCUAACGUACCUAGAAAAGGUAUACCAAAAUAAAAUGGACCCCAAGGGUUAGCAGAGCGAUAAAAUACAAGAAAACAAAAGAAUCAGAAACAAACAAAUAAAUAAAUAGUGGAACGUGCGCACCACCAGCCUGGGGGGUAGCCUUCCGGAAGGACCCCAAGGGUCAACAGUACGUGCCAGUAAAAAACAAAACAAAAACGAAAUAAACCAAAGACAGACGAGGACAUAAACAAACUCGCACAGAGACAGGGAUAUCCG